GCAUUGGAGGCUUUCAACCAACUGUUAAACUAUGAAGUUGUCUAUCCACUUGGUUCUUGUGUGCUGUCUUGUGGUUGCUGUUAAGUUUGAUGAAACAUCAGCAUCAACAUGCAGCUAUUCCUGCUAUACACAACAGAAAUAUACAAUCACCUGUGGAUGGCUGAACUGGAGUCGAUGUUCUAAAUACAGAUCUGUACUUUCCACAUGUUAUAAAAUCUGUCCCGUUAAUGGUGGUUGGUCAGACUAUGUAGAGACGGGAAGAACAGCUUGCUCGGCUACUUGUGGACCUGGAAUUCAAGUUAGAACUUUGUCCAGAACCUGCACAAACCCCUCUCCCGCCCACGGCGGGUUAACUUGCCAAGGUGAUUCAACUACAACUGAGGAAGUUGACUGUAACACCCGGCCUUGUCCAGUAAAUGGUGGUUGGUCUGACUGGUCUGAAUGGGAAGAAUAUGACGAAUGUAGCGCCCUCUGUGGUACCGGCGAAAUGGACCAAUGGAGAUCAAGAACGUGUAAUAAUCCCGCCCCUGAUUUUGGAGGUGCUGAUUGUAGUGGCGUUAGUCUGGAGAACAGAACUAUCGACUGUAAUACUGAUGACUGUGGAGACCGAUGUCCACUAAAUGUUGUAAAAUAUCUAGAGCAUCCAAACAACAACAAAAGAUUUUACCAAUGUGAUAACGGAGUCGCCAAACUACAGAACUGUCCACCUACUACGAUCUGGAGUCAGGCCGACUUGAACUGUGUUUCGGAGAAUGUACCAAUUCCACCAGAACACGUACCCGCUCCACCAGACGAUGAGUGUAGCAACGGCAAGCAUCUCACACCUGACCCAACUGAUUGUACUAAGUUCUAUAAAUGUGAUUCCGGUCGACGAGUUGGAGAAGCUUUUCCUUGUGGGCCUAAUCUGGCCUUUAACCCGAAUGGCUACUGUGAUCACAAAUACAACGUGCCCAAUUGUUAAAGUCCGCGCGUGCUAUGUUUUGUGAAAUAUAAUUUUCUUAUAACC